AUGAGCGACUCCGACGACAGCGGUAGCACGCCCGGCAUCCCGUCAUGGCAGCGCGGCCAAAAGAAAGAACCCGAACUCGAGCCGGAGACCACCAUCUCACAAGAUGCGAAGCAGGACGAUGUCUCCUCCCGCGAAGACAGCCUCGAAGUCGCCCGCAAGUUCCUGCAGGAUGAUGAGAUCAAGGACGCGCCGAGGGAAGCAAAGGAGUCGUUCCUUAAGACCAAAGGCAUCUCGCCAGAGGAUAUAGAGCAGUUGUUGGGUAGCUCGGCAUCUGAGCCGGCGCAAGACACCACUCAAACAGAACAGUUACCGCCAAGCUCAAGUCAAGUAUCAACAGCAUCACCAGCACCAGCACACACAACACCAUCACAGACACCUUCACCCUCACCAUCACCACCGCAAAACGAAAUCUCCUUCCCCCGCCAAACAGACCAACCUCCCGUGAUAACCUACCCCGAAUUCCUCACAAAACCGGCCCGCCCCCCGCCGCUCGUCACCGCAAACGGCAUCCUCAACACCCUCUACGCCUUCGCCGGCAUCUCCACCCUCCUUUACGGCACGAGCAAGUACCUCGUCCAGCCCAUGGUCGAGAACCUCACCGAAGCCCGCUACGACCUCCACGAGACAACCUCCCAGAACCUCGCAAAGAUAAUCGAGAAGCUCGAGGGCACCGUCUCCGAAAUCCCCGCUCCCAAGAAGUCUGCCGCGGCAGGAGCAGCAGAUGGCGCAAACAAGGACGCAGCAGACGACGACGCGAGCAGCGCCGACGACCCGACCGAAAUGUUCCACCGCGACAUCGGCACGCAGACCUCGAUCCCUUCCACGCCCUCCUUGACAACAUGGGGGGAGAACAAGGGCAGCAACAGCGACAAGGACAAGUCCGCGACGGACAGACAGGCCGACAAGCUGACGUGGUUCAAGAACCAGGCCGCCUGGCUCAAGACCACGGUCGUCGCCGACGCCGACGACGUGGCGGACCUCAAGUCCAAGAUGGACGUGCUUAAGGACGACCUCGUGCAGCUGGCGUACCCGAGCCCGUCCGACUACGCCGGGAGCAGCUACUCGCUGUACGGCGGCCCGCGCAAGAACGAGCCCGAGGACGAGAUCAAGAAGGCGAGAGAUAAUAUUCGGAGGGUCAAGGGGGUGUUGCUCAGCACGAGGAACUUCCCUGCUUCCGCGAGGUGA